AUGGCCUCGAUUAACGAUCUGGCGACGGCCGCUACGGCCCUCGUUGACCCCGCCACAGCACCACCAACCGCAGCCGCAGCAGCAGCAGCAGCAACGACAGCCCCGCACCCGUCAUUGCCCGAUCCGGCCCGGCCCCGGACCGAUGAUCGUGGUGUCAGUGCCGGCGCCGGCGGUGAGCCUGCCGUAGCCCGGGGUGCCCUGGUGGUCCUAGAGGGUCUCGACCGCAGCGGCAAGACGACGCAGGUCAAGCUGCUCGAGCAGCGGUUCGUCGAGCUCGGCCGCAAGGUUAAGGUGAUGCGGUUCCCGGACCGCACGACGCCAAUUGGCCAGAUGAUCGACUCGUACCUCAAGAGCCAGGUCGAGAUGGACGAUCACGUCAUCCACCUGCUCUUCAGCGCGAACCGGUGGGAAGCAGCAAAAACCAUAACCCACCUCCUCACCCAAUCCACCACCGUCCUCUGCGACCGCUACUACCACAGCGGCAUCGUCUACUCCUCGGCCAAGCAAAACCCCUCCCUCACCCUCCCCUGGGCCCGCGGCCCCGAAAUCGGCCUGCCCCGCCCCGACCUCGUCCUGUUCCUGGACCUGGACGAGAACCAGGCGCGGGCGCGCGGCGGGUGGGGGGGCGAGGCGUAUGAGAGGGCGGAGAUGCAGAGAAGGGGGGGGAGUCGUCGGUGGUGGUGGGGGGGGUUGGUAAAUGGUGGUGGUGGUAGUGGUGGUGGUAGUGGGGGGAAUGGUGGUCCCCGGGAGGAGAUUGCUGUCGGGGCGCCGACUGCUGCUCAGCCGUUGACGGGCGUCGAGUACCGGUUUCGGCAGGAGGAGGAGGAUCUCCAUGUCGUGGAUGCGAGUUCGUCUGCGGAGGAGGUGGCGGAGGAGAUCUGGAAGGUGGUCAAGGCGAGGGUGGAGGAGGUGGAGAAGGGGCUUGUUGGGAGGACUGUGAGGCGGGUUUCAUGA